AUGGAAAACCAUACCAAGGUAAUUGAGUUUGUUUUGGCUGGGUUCAAAUCUCAUCCAGGAUCACAACUCCUCCUCUCUGUUCUCUUCUCAACGAUGUAUGUUGUCACCUUGGUAGGAAAUGCCUGCAUGAUCUUCAUCAUUAGAAUGGACUCCAAGCUGCACACUCCCAUGUACUUUUUCCUAGAGAACUUGUCCAUCUUGGACAUCUGCUAUUCCUCUGUCAUUACUCCCAAAGCAGCACUGGCAUUCUCACUGGGCAGAAGAACAAUUUCCUACAACGGUUGUGCAUCUCAAAUGUUCUUCUUCUCUCUCUUUGGUACCACAGAAGCCUUCUUCCUUGCUGUGAUGGCUUAUGAUCGCUUCACUGCCAUCUGCUAUCCACUGCUGUACCAUAUCAUUAUGAAUAAAAGACUUUGUGUUCUCAUGGUGGUGGGCUCUUAUCUGUCAGGUUGCAUCAACUGCGCCAUCCAGACAGGCUUUACAUUCAGCUUAUCCUUUUGUGGACCCAAGGAAAUAAAACACUUCUUCUGUGAUGUUCCUGCAGUGAUGCAUGCCUCCUGCUCAGACACAUUUGUCAAUGAAUUAGUAAUGCUGGCCGUAUGUGGGUCAAUUAUUGUGGGCACUACCUUGGUGGUUUUUAUCUCCUAUGGUUAUAUAAUCAUCACUAUUGUUCAAAUGCCUUCAGCUGAGAGUAAACACAAGGCCUUCUCCACCUGCUCUUCUCACAUGCUGUCCAUCAUUUUGUUCUUUGGGACUGUUUUUUUCAUGUAUGCUCAGCCUUGGGCCACAUCUUCACCUGAAAAAAGCAACAUCAUCUCUAUGCUCUAUACUACUGUUAUUCCCAUGCUAAACCCUUUCAUCUACACCCUCCGAAACAAGGAGGUAAAAUGGUCUCUGAGAGAAAUAGUUAAAAAGGAAAGGCUUUUUUAG